AAAGGUCGGCCUGGGACUUGAUCUGCAAGGGCGGUUUGGACCAGAUCUGCACUUUGGAAAGGAGAAUGGGGGGAAGGAGGGUAAGAAAGAAUAGAAGCCACAAGAGCUCCUGCCCUGAUCAAGGCCACAGGACCUGCUCCUCACCCUCUGCUCUGCACCGGGACAUGUGGCUCGCCUCUGCCAGUUGCUCAGACACCGUUUGCUUGUGACUCAAGAUGAUUUGAUGUUUUAUAAUAAACUCAUUAACCAUGAUGGCUACACAGACAUUAAGCAUAGACAGCUAUCAAGAUGGGCAACAAAUGCAAGUAGUAACAGAGUUGAAAACGGAGCAAGACCCCAACUGCUCCGAACCGGAUGUGGAAGGAGUGAGCCCUCCCCCCGUGGGGUCCCAGACUCCGAUGGACGCGGACAAGCAGGCCAUUUACAGGCACCCACUGUUUCCGCUGCUGGCCUUGCUGUUUGAAAAGUGUGAGCAGUCCACGCAGGGCUCGGAAGGCACGACCUCUGCCAGUUUCGACGUGGACAUUGAAAACUUUGUAAGGAAGCAAGAGAAGGAAGGAAAACCCUUCUUUUGCGAAGACCCGGAAACUGACAAUUUAAUGGUAAAAGCAAUCCAGGUUUUGCGUAUUCACCUUCUUGAGCUGGAAAAGGUUAAUGAACUCUGCAAAGAUUUCUGCAGUCGAUACAUUGCUUGUCUAAAAACAAAAAUGAACAGUGAAACGCUCCUGAGUGGGGAACCUGGAAGCCCGUACUCCCCUGUCCAGUCCCAGCAGAUUCAAAGCGCCAUCACAGGCACUCUCAGCCCCCAAGGAAUCGUGGUGCCUGCAUCUGCGCUGCAGCAGGGGAACGUAACCAUGGCAACGGUGGCAGGUGGCACAGUUUAUCAGCCUGUUACAGUUGUCACUCCACAAGGCCAAGUGGUGACACAGGCAUUGUCACCGGGAACGAUCAGGAUCCAGAACUCCCAGCUUCAGCUGCAGUUAAACCAAGACAUGAGCAUCCUGCAUCAAGACGACGGCUCCUCCAAGAACAAGAGGGGGGUCCUGCCGAAGCACGCCACCAGCGUGAUGCGGUCCUGGCUCUUCCAGCACAUAGGGCAUCCCUACCCGACGGAAGACGAGAAAAAGCAGAUCGCCGCCCAGACAAACCUGACGCUGCUCCAAGUCAACAACUGGUUCAUCAAUGCUAGAAGACGAAUUCUUCAGCCGAUGUUGGAUUCUAGUUGUUCAGAAACCCCCAAAACAAAGAAGAAAACUGCUCAGAACAGACCAGUUCAGAGGUUUUGGCCCGACUCCAUUGCGUCGGGAGUCUCCCAGCCACCGCCCAGCGAGCUCGCCAUGUCAGAAGGAGCCGUUGUGACGAUCACCACCCCCGUGAGCAUGAACGUGGACAGCCUCCAGUCCCUGUCCUCGGACGGCGCCACCCUGGCCGUGCAGCAGGUCAUGAUGGCGGAGCAGAGCGAGGACGAGUCCGUGGACAGCCCGGGGGCGGGCAGGGCCGCGCUCACCCCCGCUCACAUCAGCGGGCUGGUCCUGGAGAACAGCGACUCCCUGCAGUAGGCCGCGGCCGGGACCCAGGCGGCCGGGACCCAGGGGGCGCCAGGACCCAGGGCCGCGGGCCUGGCUUUUUAAUAGUUUGCACAGCAAACAUUUUACACAGUUUUAUUUCUGAUCUGUUUUAUAUGUAGAUAUAGAAGAGUGCACUUUUGUAUUUCAUAGCGAGCUUCCAGAGCGUCUGUGCCGGUGCAGCGACCUCUUUCGAGUGUGUGCGCACGCGUGUGGGUGCGUGUGGGUUUCCGAGGAAUGUCUUUAAAGGUGUAACGCUAACAGUGUGAUGGAUGACAGACAGACACCCCCGUGAGCCCCUGGCUAGGUUAAGGAUCGGUGCUGCCGUUUUGUAGAGAAUUGUGCAGUUUCAACUGAGUUCUGUGGUUAAAGCAGGCCUCGUGGGCCGACUGGCUUGUGUGGCCCACGGGCUGAAAGAAGCUUCCGCACCUUCCAGCCGCCGGUGCAGGGCGGACAGGACAGGACUCGGCAGCAAGCUGGCGCGACUCCGCGGCGGGCGCACACAGCCCCAGGGCCCCGCGUCCCCCGCCAUCCGGGGGCCUGUUCCGUUCGCUAUAUAUAGAAAGAAACUCCUAUUUUUACCUUGCUGGACUUAUUGGAUAAAAAAGCUAUUUUUAUAAAUUCCUUAUGAAUUGGAUUAUGACUAUAUUGAGGGUAAAAUUUCUAGAGAAGAAACCAUACAUGCUUACUAUUUCAAUUUGGAGUGUGGUGAAUUGGUUGAAUUUCGUGAACCUGCCCCAAGAUAGCUAGGGUAAUAAUUUACAGUUACUACUAUGAAAGAAACAACUAUUUAAUGAGAUUUUGGCAUCUUCAAAUUUUAGUUCAGAUGUAAAUGCUCAGAUUGCAUUUCCACGUCAUCUAAACGUCCGUGGCAAGGCACCCGCCAACCAGGACUUCGCUAAGUGAGGUGGCAGACAGUGAUCAGUUAAAGCUCUCACCGUCCGUGUUUCAGCCUAAGUUACAUUUGACGGCGGUUAAGUGGUGACCACACCACGUUAGCCGCGUAUUGUUUUGGGGUUUGUUAGUCAGCCAUAUGUUACGCAUAGAAUGUUUAUUAUUAUAAACUAAUAUAAAAUGUCCUCCAUCCCACUGGCUCAGACCUGAACGCUAACAAGUCGCAAACAGUCACCUUUGUUCCGUGACUGACAGAGACCACGAAGGGAGGGGACGGAAACGAGUGGGGCCUCGCUGACCGCUCCUGCUGUUGGCCGCACGUGUGCCGUGUGCGGGCGGUCCUGGGGCCCGUGCGUCCUCCUCGUGGGUGUGACUCUGGAGUUUCCAGAGCCCUCCGCUCCUCUCCAGCACACGAGAUCUGGAGUAACGUUAGGGCUCCCGUUUCCUGGUGACGAGACGGACCGAAAUCGUAGACUGGGUUUUGUCUACUUUGGUUGAUUGGUUUUCAUCUGUUGGCUGGCAAGCGGGGCUGUUGAGCAGAGAGAGGAAACAGGACACCUCGUUUCACAGAGCAGGCCUGCGCGUAACCCCACCGGGGUGCUCGCCGGGGGGUCGGCGCCUUCCCAAAGGAGGGGCCCGCGGCUGGGAAGGCUGCCAUACCUGGGCUGCAGCUACAGCGGCUGGUCGUGGACCAGGGUCCCUUUGAGAGGUUUUCAGAGCUAGAGCAGAUUUUUUCUGGGGCUGACUUUUCCUUAAAAAUGGAUUCAUUAAAGUCAAUCAUAGGAAACUACUUCCUGGAUAACCUAGAAGGCAGGGAGAAAUAAUAGGAAUUUCUUUUAGAAAAAUAUUUCAGGAGCUUUAAAAAGAAAAACUUGACUGUCAACUCUUUGGGGAGAUAAUACCAUUUUUAAGCAGCUAUUGAUUGCAUUCCUUAUUUAUGAACAGUUUUUACUAUUUUAAGUCUACACAACUUUAAAAGGUCAUUUUAGCUUUACUUAAAUUCUAACUUUGCUGGACUUCUCAGAAACGAGAGUCGGUGGAAGCCAGCCCUCUCCUCCUUGGCCCCGCCCUCCCUCCGUCCCUCUGGGCCACCCUGCUCUUGGGUUUAGUGUGGACACACUCAGAGGGUAUGGGCUCCGUAUGGUCAUUGCCUCUCCCCCACCAGAAACCGUGCCCACGGGGGCAGCAGACUGUCAGCCAGGGCUGCGCACACCACGUCAGUUCGGAGGCGGCUGCACGAGGGCUCUCGUUGGCCCGGACCCAAGCCUCUGGGCCCAGGGGCACAGCGUGCGCCUCUGCAGCCGAAGCCGGUGCCCAGUGCCCUGAGCUCUCAGUCACUGCCAUCAGGGGGCCAGGGUGAAGGCCACCUAGAGAGCAUGCACUCCUGGGCAGACCUAGCCUGCAGUUUCUCUGACCUCUCCCCCUCACAACCGCCUGCUGUGGCUGUUUGGUCCGGAAAACUGCUGCCCAGCACACAGGUUGUCAGAGUCCGCCUUGUUGGAGCCCGUUGUCCAGCCCUCGGGCAUCACAAGGACCUGUGAAAGCACCGCUUCUGCUGAGCUGUCACCGUGAACAGGCCGGUGCUUUGCUCUGGUUAAACUCCCCGCUGAGGCACGGGGCUUCUGAAUGUGUGAGACCCCAGACAAGCACGUCGUCCCCGCUGCUCAGCCGCUGAGCAGGUGGCUGACAGCUCCAGCUGGUGGACUGACCCAGCUCCCAGUCUUCUGGUUCCAGAUGGUGAAUAGUGUAAGCAUGUAUCCUGUGUGCAGAGGCCAGGGCCCUGCCCGUUCACAGCCGCAGAGCGCCACCGCUCCAGCCCCACACCGAGGGUUUAGGGGUUCGGUUCCGUCCCGUCGUUGGGUGACCCGACUCUGCCCUUUGGGAGAGAGUGUUGGACCAACUCAGACGUGCCUGGGAGGUGUGACAGGCCCAGUGCUGGCCGUCAGGGACAGAGUGACUCGGCAGCCUGCCUUUGUUUUAGUUACGUUUGGUCUAUGAACUGACAAUCUUUAAAACGUGAAUACUGUAACAAUAUGUUUUCUUGGAUUGUUGUCUUUAAAAGGGAUUUUUGUGAAGCAAUUGAUUUAUCAAAGCAAAAAAAUUAAAAAUAGAAACACGCUUUA